AUGCCCUCUCAAUCACAAUCUCCACGCUCGAAUACAGGUGGUAACACCAAUAGCUCUACCAAAGCCUCUUCGGGCAAUAGCUUGCUGCCAUUGGCAAAAGAACAAAAGGAUUCUGGUUCCUUGAAGAAGUCCGGGGGAACCAAUGGAGGUUGGGUUAUGAAACCCGUCGAGUACGAUCCUGAUGGAUAUGGAGAUCAAUUCGCAUUUGAAAUCAUUGUUCGGAAAUAG